UUGUAUUUAUUUUUUAUUCUCUGGUGAUAUUUUUCGUUUCCACCCAAAAUAAACAAAUUAAAAUUCAAAAUAAACAAAUUACCUCCCAACUGUUUACUUUUAAAGUUCACAGAGUAUUCUAAAAAACACUUUACACUAUAUAAGUUAUAAAUAAGUUGUUAAUUUAACAAAAGACAAGAAAAAGCGUGCCAAUUUUUGUUUGUAUCAUUUUCAAAAAAUGAGAUUUAUCAUUCAAAAACAAUGCCCGAAAUAAAUCGAAAAAUAAAACGCGAUCAAAUUCUAAAUAAAUUGAUAAAAACUGCAAAACAAUGUCAGGAACAAUUUGGCGGGCGCAAAGAAUUAGCCACCGAAAAAGAUGACGCAACUGCGCGUUUGUUAAACUCCCUCGAAGACGCCUUCUUUUUUGGCCUUAAAACUCAAACAACAUCACUUCCAAUAGCUAUCUUUCAAAAUGUCCAUGAAAUCGUAUCGGGUGGCAGUGGUACAUCGACAAAUGAUUGUUUAUUUUGGGAUUUCUGCCAGAAACAUUUGACAUACCACGAACAGCAGAGAUUCGAUGGUUUGAAGAAUGUUUCGACCAAGUUAGGCAAAGUAAAGGCAUUAAUUAGGGCUUCGUUGAAUGAGAAUUCAUUUGGGAGGUAUAUUUUGACUUGGCUUGAUGAUCCAAGCCUCGUGGAUAUCUAUGAGCCUUGGGCGUUUAUGGUUGAUCCAGAGGCAGCGAAUUUAUUGCCAUCAAUUGCUGAUGGUUUGAAUACGAUUUUAUUUGCUCUCACCGUCGAUACACAGGAAGUUGAUCUACAAGUGGGCUAUGGAUUGGCUAGGAAGCCAGAGCCUAUUAUCUAUGCCCCAUCGCCGAUUGGUUCACUGAAGAAGACCACCGCUAUCGAGAGGCCGAUUGCAACUAUCGAACCAGCAGACGAUGUCGUCGUCAAGGAGAUUCUAGCAAAUAGAGGGAGGAAGGAGUCCUGUAAAGGAAACGAGGAAGCAGUGGCUCGAGUAUCAGAAAGUGCUUCUCAAGAAGAAACGAUCGAUUACGAGCCUGAGCGCCUGGACGAGAUUCUCCAUGAGAUGCUAACGAAAAAGUUCGAUCAUGAACUUAUACCACAGACACCUCAGGUUGAUAUAGAUGGGGACCUAGAAGCUGACACCAAAAGUGAAACCUCUUCACAGUGCAGCAAGUCCUCAUCUGCCGUAUCAACGGCAAACGUUAUCCGUCAGCGAAGCACCGCGGAGCUGGAAGAGAAACUCCGCGACAUGACAGAACGCUGCUCUGUCCUUGAAACACAAGUUGCGCAAUUGAGUUUGGAGAACAGACAGCUGCGCCGCCUCACACACAAUGCUGUCACCGAAACAACGGCCAAUUUCUUAAUCACUAUUCCUCAGGCCAAACUAAUUACGACGCGCAGUCGUAACUAUUACUCAUACGAAGUCCACCUGACGAUGCGUGACCGCCUCGAGCAUUGGAUGGUUAUGCGGAGAUACAGAGAAUUCUAUAAGCUGCACAAACAAUUGAAGAAAGCCCAUCCAGGAAUAUCAACACUUGAAUUCCCGCCAAAGAAACACUUUGGAAAUAUGAAUCGAGUUUUCGUGGAGGAGCGGCGCCAGCAGCUUCAGAUUUACUUGAUCAGUGUAAUGGAGUUUCUGCCUCAAGUGGAGGCAUGUCGCAACAAAGAGGACUUGCAGAGAACUUUCCCCUUUUUCCAGGAGCGAUAGGGCAAGUCAAGUUUUAGGGUAACGGUAAUGUACAAACUUAGACAACAAGAAUAUUUAUUGAGAGUAUGAAUUUUUGACAUUUGUACAAAGAUUAAUAAAA